AUGCCUCUGCAAGCGGGCCUGUCCGUGGCCUUAGGCCUGGCGGCCAUACUACAGCAGUGCCACGUUGCCGACGCUUGGGGUGAGGCCGGCCAUGAGCGGCUCAAUGAGGUGGCGCAGCGCCUGCUCCACGGCAAGCACCGCGAUCAAAUCCGGACGAUGAUGCACUCAGACGUCGCGGCCAUGGCUGACUGGGAGAACAAGAUGACGCUGAAGUACCCGGAGACGGCGAAGCUCCACUGGCAUCACCAGAAGCCCGAGUGGACCUGCGGGCAGCGUGAUGCGCAGAAGACGGAGCACAUACGCUGCAACGGGCAGGGAGCAGAAGAUGGGUCGUUGUUCUGCGCGCUGGCCUUCUUCUUCUCCCAUUUUGCCGAUGAGAUGCUUCUGAAGGAGUACCCGGAACCGAAGGUGCCAAUUGACACCCCCAAGAAGAUCCCCGCCUUCGACAAGGUGAACGUGGACGAUCUCGCUGACGGAAAGCCGAGAAAGAACGGGAGGGCAGCCUUUUACCUGCGGUGGCUGACCACGCUGGUCGGCGAUUUGCAUCAGCCUCUUCACUGGCUCGCCGAGAGUGGCUUCGGAGCUGAUGUGAAGAUCGUGUACCAGGGCCAAGAGCACGCUUUGCUCUCUUUUUGGGAGGAGCAGUUGCCCAAGAAGCUGCCCGAGCUACCAUCGAUGUCGAUGCUGGACUUGGAAUACAAAGCCCAGUAUCACCAGUGGGGCCAUCGGCUGCCGCCGGAUCUCUUCCGUCAGUGGGCUGGGGAAAUGGCCGACAAGGUUUGCAACGAGAUCUACGGCCCCAUGUACGUGAAUCAUGCGGAUGGGAGCCGGAGCAUCGAGUCCCCAUUUCAGCUCACCGAGGAGCUGCUUGCAAAUUGGUUGAAGUUAGCCGAGCAGAUGAUCCAGGAGGGAGGUGAGCGACUAGCGCUGGUCUUCCUCGACAUCAUCGAGCAUCGGCGGCACAAGGCGGCGCAGACGGAAGGCCGCGGACUGCCGCCGCCCCUGCUAGCUGCCUCCGUGCCCGCGAGCGCUGCGGACGGAGGAAAGUCGUCGAACAGUAUCCCGGCACCGGUGAAGGGCAGCUCGGGCAGUGCGUCUAGCCAGGCAAAGCUGCUCCACGGACUCCACAGGGCCAGAAGAAGGAGAGCAUGGCGAAACUUGACCAUCAACCUCGGCAUCGCGGCCGUGGUGGUCCCGGCUCUGAUCUUCGGCCUCCAUGUCCACAGCAGGUCGCCAGGGAACCUCGCCCGAGUCUUCACCGCCGGCAAGAAAGACCACAUCUGA